AUGCCAUCAUACUUUUAUCACCUCAAAUUCGAAUUGUAUUCUUUACCUGAUUUAGAGGCGCAGAACGUAUCGACGAGAAAGGAAGAGGGAGAGGGAGAGAGGGAUAGGGAUAGAAAUAGGGAGGUUUGGGUUCCGGGUGAGGGGGUGGAUAUUUUUGGUAUAAAAGACUGGCCAAAACAUAAAGCAGUUGCUUGGGAACAGAAUAGGAGGAGGAAAGGUGGUACGGAGAGUUCGACUACUGAUUCUGUGCCGGGACAACGUACGGAAAAUACUACAAAGGGAGGCCGGGAUCAUUUCCGGCUAGGAAACGCCCAGGAAACUCAGCGAGGAAUUAUCGCAGGCGUGGGAAAGGCAGGGGUUAUUGAUUGCGGACCUUCACGACGAGCACAACGUGAAGAAUCGGAGAACCUUGUUAUAUUGAGCGCGAGGAAAGAUUCGCAAUUAGAAAACGCACCACCGAGCGCGAAUUUAGUGGAUAAGAAAAGAGACCUGCGGGCUUCGAGGCGGGAUUGGAGGUUUGGGAGGGUCAGAGUUGAAAGCUUGAAUAUGGAUCUACUGAGGGGAUAUCAUGGCAGAGGGGAGAGUAGUCAAGGUGGUGUUGUGGGUAUGAAUGCGGGAUUGGAGCCUGCUGGUAGAGUCACAAAGGCGAGAUUCGAGGAAUUACAUACUGAGGAAGGGAACGGAUUGGAGUUGAAGAAUACGGAGGUGGGAUGGGGAGUGGUGCAUUUGUAUAGGGAAGUGGAAGAAACUCCUGGGUUAGUGGGCAUAGAGGUUUACAAUGCGGACACUGCGGCAAGUCCUAUUAAUAAGGCGGGAAACAACGGGUCAAGUGAGACGGAUGAGAACCAAGGUAGUGCAGAGGAUUGUACUAUACUAUGUAUACCUGCUGUGCCGAGCUACCUCACGUCCAGGGAUUUCUUGGGUUUUGUGGGAGAGAAAACAAUGUAUGAGGUUAGCCAUUUUAGAAUAGUUAUGACGGGGAGGUUGAAUAGGUAUAUGGUACUUAUGAAGUUCAGAGAUGGGAACGUGGCAAGGAAAUGGAGGGCGGAGUGGGAUGGUAAAGUCUUCAAUAGUAUGGAGCCAGAGACUUGCCAUGUCAUGUUCAUAAAGUCGAUCACUUUUCAAACUCCCACCUCCUCGAUAUCAAAUACAAGUUUCCCCGAAUUAUCCCAUGAUCCUUUCACACCAGCUCCAUUACGAAACAAUCUUAAACCUUUCCCACCUCCAACUCCAAACCUCGUCGAACUUCCCACCUGUCCGGUCUGCCUCGAAAGAAUGGACGAUACAACGGGCCUCUUCACGAUCCUCUGUCAACAUGUCUUCCAUUGUGCCUGUCUUGAAAAAUGGCGCGGUACAGGUUGUCCCGUGUGCCGACAUACCAAUCCCUCUCUAGCACUUGCCUCUCAACACUCUCCUACAACCUACGACCCCGAGAACCCACCCUUUGGAAGUGGCGAAGCAUCACUAUGUAGUACCUGCGAUUGUACCGACGAUCUCUGGAUCUGUCUCAUAUGCGGGAACGUUGGAUGUGGACGAUACAAAGGUGGACACGCCAAAGACCACUGGAAAGAAUCCGCACAUAAUUUCGCAUUGGAGAUCGAAACCCAACAUGUUUGGGACUAUGCCGGUGAUAUCUGGGUACAUCGACUCAUACGCGACAAAGGCGAUGAUAGCAAAGUCAUCGAACUUCCCUCGUCCCGCUCUCGAGGUGGAGCGCAAGCUAAUAAUAGCAUGGCUCAAGAUAUGGACAUGGUGCCGCGCGAAAAAUUAGAAAAUGCGGGGUUGGAAUUUACACAUUUGUUGACGUCGCAAUUGGAGAGUCAGAGGGUUUAUUUCGAGGAAUUGGUGGGGAAAGCAGUGGCGAAGGCUAGUGCAGCGAGUGAGAAAGCUACGGUGGCUAGUCGGGAUGCGGAGAAUGCUUUGAGGAAAUUGGGGGAGUUGGAGGGGAAAUGUAAUAAAUUGAGUUUGGAUACAAUACCGAAUUUAGAAAAGGACCUGGAGAGGGAGAAGCGGAAAGCGGAAAAGGCACAGGAGAUUGCGAGGGGAAUGGGGAAGGGUUUGAGGGAGGAAAAGAAGGUGUCUGAGGGGUUGAUGGAGAGGAUUGGGUUUGUUAAUGAGGGGGUGAGGAAAAGAGAAGAGGAAUUGAGAAUGUUAAAAGAGGAAUGUGAGGAGUUGAAAGAGGCGAAUCGUGAUUUGAUGGUUAUGGUUAGUGGGAGGGAUAAAAUCAGAGAGAUGGAGGAGAGGGGGGAAUUGGGGGAGGGGAGGCGGAACAGGCGGGGAUUAGUGUGGGAGAGGGGAAGAAGAAGGGGAAGGGGAAGGGAAAGAAAUAGAUUUGUGGGGCGCGGGGGGGAUGGGGUGGGAGAUGUGUGA